UGUCGUCAUGUCUUCUGCGUGCAACCGUGACGAAACUUUACCCACACUUGGGUGAAAUAGACGCAGAAAUGUCCUUUUUAUCGCGUGCACGUUGAAAUAUUCGUGAUUUUAGACGGAGAAAACAAGGUUUCGAGCGAGAUUCGUAGGUUUUUAAACCUAAAUGAGGAAUGCUUCACCGCUGAGGCUUAUCUACUUUAUCCACUUGCUAGAGCAAGUCUGGCUGGCUUAUGGCGGAGGAAUCAGUUCCUACUGUACAAAAGACGCCGACUGUGAUAACCUGGAAUUUGUCUUCUGCAAGGACGGCGUCUGCUCCUGUCAGGCUGGAUACGUAUCCAGGAACGCACAGGAGUGUACGAAGAGUAAAGUGUCAGAGUUGGCCGAGGAGGAGAGGGAAUGCUUCACCGACCACCAGUGUUACCGUGGUUACUGUUGGGAUGGGGAAUGUCACUGUAAAGAUGGCUUCUCCAAGGAGAAAAGUCCCUACGGCGGCUGGAACUGCGUCCACCGAACCUCGUCCUUUGGGUUCGGAAUUCUGGCUGUGAUUCCGGUUACCGUUGUCGUCAUAUGCCUACUCGCCUGUUGUGUACAACUUGCUCUCCGAAAACAGCAACAUUCGGGCUCCAAUGCUGAAAACCUCCAAGAGCUUGCUACAGGUAAUAGCGAUGCUGGUGCUGCAGCUUCUGGUGUGAGUAAUAUCUACAGACAAAGGACAUACUUCCCUCACUACGUGGAAGCUGCAAAAGCGCACACGUCACAGAGCACUCCUUCCCCUUGUGUCACCCGCUCGGCUGUGGCUACCAAGUCGCACGAAGGAAAGGAGAAAUCAUCAAAUCACAAUGAGACGACUGCUUCCAACAACCCCCAUGUGUAACAUGUCCUCCAAAAUAUUACACACUCAUUUCCUCAUUUGCACACAUUGUCAUGUGCAGUGUAAAAAAAUUGCAACUACCAAAACACAAUCACACACGUAACCUUCCGUGCACGAUUCUCAUUUGACUAGCCUGAACAUUUCCAGCUCUUCCACUAGGUGUACAAUUACGUUGAUAUGUUAUUGUACGUAGCGUAAAAAACCUGUUGAAAAUUCAUCUAUUCACAAAUCAUCUAUGAAACACUGUGGCAAGUUUCACUUCCGUUCCAUUGAUGAAGCCCAAAACACACACAAAAAAGGCAAAAAUACUCUGUGAAUGUAACACAACCACCGUCUUACUGUAUAUUAAGGGAUAUGACAUCAAGUUCAAAGCCAGCCAACAUAUAAGCCAUGACGCCACGAGCUAUGACUACAGAUUUUUAUAUGUGCCAUAUCUCGCACCGAGAUAUUUUUAGUACAUGACACACAUGACAUGAAAAAGAAAUGAACAUGACAGGACAUGACACGCAGAAGUACACAACGGGCAGGCACGUACAAGCUCUACGCGCGUGUGACAGCCAAACACAAAAAACAAAAAGACACAGGUGACAGGCAUGCAUGUGCCACAAACCUCUACCAAAUGCAGCUGCAACAAAAUCUUGAUGUCAUACUCCUUUUGCGCCAUUGGUCCUGCCAAACUGUGCAUACCGCGUCUCGUCUCGGACAUUCCUCGAGAAAGCCCAAGAAAUACUCAGUGUCUCUUUGUCUCUAUACCUCCACCAUCUGGAAACAGCCAGUCACCAUAAUUGUUGUGCCAUUCUGCCAACUUCGCAAUGUCCUCAAGGAGGUCCAAGACUAUAGCCAUGAACACUAAACAUGAGAAAUUAUACAUUACAAUCCCAACACUACAUAUGUAUAUGGAAUUAUGGUGCAAUUUCCUAGACACCCAAUGUGACCAGUGAUUAGAAUUCUCUUCCUGUACACAUCUUGACAUAUAUGUACCGGUAAACAACUAUAUAGGAGUCCAACAUUUGUUUCGUAGUUAUAUGUCGUCUGUGGUGAUGUCCUUGUGGUUGACGUAUGCGAAUCGAUGUUGCAUUUCAGUGAAUUUUUGGAAAGGUCGGUGCCCAUUUACCCGAUCAUUAAAAUGUGGAGCUUCCUUACCCACGUUGGCAUAGAAAAACGCUGUGUACAACUGACAAUGCCGAGAUAUAUGUGUUGUUCUAACACUUACAAUAUAAUACAAGGGCCUAUCAAAACAUAUCCAGAAUGGAUGUAUAUUUAAAAAGGUGAAAUGAGUUUGAAACUUGGUCACGAUCGAGGUACUGCCCUUCGGAAACUGCACGCUUAGCCCAGUGCUGUUUCCA